AGGGAGAGGCGACUCUCUGCUACGAUGCCAGAAAGCGCGCAAACCGUCGCGCCAAUGAGCCUCGACAACCUCGCGUUGAAACGGUGGCUUCACUGCGUCGGACCUGUUCGUCGUUGCGAAGUUCUGCAAAAGCUAAAAACGGACCUGAAGAAUCUUGGACUGUCGCGGAGGCAGGUUCACCGAGGCUUGGUCCAACUCGCAACCAGACCGCACGUAGUUCUUACACCGCAACCAACGACUAGGAAGUAUGGGCCAAAGAAACUAUCGUUAGGAAAUGAAGCGAAGGUAUGCGACGAAUUCGCGAACGCUCGUAGAUCUCAAAUUACAUCUUCCGAGCAUAAUUCGCGACGGGGGGAAAAAUAUGCACAGCAACCGGACACGACUGUAGUUUGCGCCGGCGAAGAGAAAAAUAAUAGAACGGAACGAAUAAAAGCAUACAAAGAUGCGCUAAUAAAGAACCCUCAAGGGCAGCCCUCGUUGAGCAAAAAUUUUAAGUCGGGGAAUAACGCGCCGACUACGUUUCAUCCCUUUGAUAAAGCUUUAGAACAGUUGGACCAAAUAGUUUCAUCGAAAAUGAGUAUACCUGAAAAGUCGAUGAAUAAAAGGGAUUCCGUAAUCGUAUCUGCGAAUAUCAUACUUAAAUCGCAAGAUAGGGGUUGCAUAAAUAGCAAAGACUUACCUUCGAGUAAAAAGUCCACGUGCAAUCAAAGUGAAGAUCGAUUUAAACGUAUCGACGACGAAUGUAAUUACAUAGGCAGUGUUAUAAAUUACGCACCAGUACCAGAUAAGAAAUGUUGCACAAAGAGCAAUGUACGUUCUUAUAAUUUUGAAGAGACUGAUUCCGCUAGAUCAAAUGCUAGUAAAAGCAAAGUUGCAAAUGUUGAUGUAGAUUCUAUAGCGUGUAGAACCAAGUAUAUCGCGCAAAAGAGUAGUAAAAGUGAAAUGUCAUUAGGAAAUAUUCCUGAAAGCGGUACAAAAGUACUUAGUAAUACCAAAGUAGCAGCCAAACAAGAGAAAAUUCCAAAGAGAUCGCGCGAAUUGAUAAGUUCAGUUUCUUUGCCGAAAAAAAUAAAAGUUGAUUCGUCUAUCGAUGAAAUGAAGAGAGCUAUCCGAAAAAAGGAACAACUAAGAAGCAAGUGGCGAUCUUGUUUCGGAAAUUGUAGAAGUAUUAGCGAAGAUGAGCAAGAAGAAGAUAUCUUACAGAAGAGGUUCAAAAGAAGGCGGAAAAAGGACUCUGUUGACUCGUGUGAUUCUGGACUGUGUAUUGGCGAGGAAAAUACAAAUGGAGCUGCUCGUUGUGUAGAAAUUCUGAAGGAUAUUCAAAGAGCUGUACCUGACUCGACGAUACAAGACGAAUGCAGUGAAGAUAUAUCCAAGGAGAUUUCUAUAAAAUUUAAAAUAACCAACGAACCAAAAGUUAACAAGGAUGAAAGUGUUGAAAUUAUUAAUCAAGUUGAGGGCAAUAAAUCACAAACUAAUACAUGCGGAGCGGGCAGUGUUCAAACAGAGAAAUUAAUCAGUAUUUCUGACGGAAGCGAUACAAUGAAAACCACAACUAUAAUCGAUCUUACAGAAACGUCGCAACAAAUUAGAAAAUCGGAAAUGGAUAUUUUUGCGGAUUGCGGUACUCAAGAUAUUUCGGAAACUACAAUCACGACGGAUGUUACAGAAACGUUCCAAAAGACUGAAAGGCCAGAAGAAAUUAAUCCUGUAGUUAGAACAGGAACAUGCUCUAACAAAAUACCUUGUAUUAACUUAGAAACAUGCAAUGCAGAUUGCAAUGCUCAAGUAGUUGUAAGCGAUGAUACUAAAACGUCCCAAGAAAAUGAUAACUUGCAUACAAAAGUUUUGCAUGCACUUAUCGAAAUGUUUUUAAAUGAAAAAUGUCUGAUUACAUCUAAAGGAAAUGUUGUUAGCAUUAAGGAAGAUUGCAUAAGAGAUGAGAAUCAAAACACUAUUAAGGAAGAUAUAGAUAAAAACUCGAAUUUAAAAAUAUUGUCAGAAAUAAUAUCGAAUUGUAAUAAGAAUGACAAAGAUAAAGAGGAAAAACCAAACAGCAGUCAAAAGAGUGAUUGUAUAAAUUUAAAGAGUGCAAUAGCAUCUGUUGAUGCAAAGACAGACGCUGUUUUAAUAAAUAAUAAUACGUGCAAUGAUGUAAACGAAACAGUAUUACAGGAAUCUGAACUAAACCAUACUACAGAAGAGGCAAAUACUCAGUCUAAUACAUUUCCUCAACCUAGAUUAAGGGUAUUAUCUAGUGCAGAACUAGGUUCUAGAUGGUGUCCCACGCCAAUACAUUCUGUCGUAUCUACUGUUUCUAAUCUUCUAGAUACAAGUACAAUAACAAUAUCAGAUAGUUCUUUGAAUUCUGCUGUUCCCGUAUCUUUAGCUAUUCCUCAGACGCAAACAAUACCUGCAACAUCUGUACCUGUAUCUACAACAGCCUCUGUCGAAGCAACGCCUAGUAGUAGUAAACCAAAAAUUAGUAUAGAAACUCAAAGAUUUCUACAAGGUACUUUGUACAAUAUAUAUGCAACAAUCGAACGUAUACGUGAAUCUAACUACAUUUUCAGUUUAGAGUACGAUAAAUUACUGUAUUCCGAAUUUGAAAAAUUAAAGAAUGCAUUAGACAGUAAUAGUUACGUAGCUCUUAUUCAUGGAGUUAUAAACAAGCUUAACAAAUCGAUGUUUAAAUUGCCACAAUUGACUCUAAAGGAAUUAUUUACUUAUGCACCAUCGCUCACGCCCGAAUACGCGAGAGACUUAAAUUACGAGACUCAAAUUGCAAGAGAUAAUUCUAACGAACGUCGAAACGCAACACCGAUAGUGUUAAGUAAGACAACUUCAAAUCAAAAUAUGUAUCAGAAUCCUCGAAUGCUCCAAACACCACAAAAUUCAAAUCCUGUAACUUCUAUGCAAAAUCAAUAUUCUUUAAAUUUAAAUCAAACAACGAAUCCCACUAAUAAUCCACUACUUAAUCUACAACAAUUGAAUUAUAGGAUGCAAACACAAAGACCUGUUUUACAGUCUAGAGUUUUACCUACAUAUUUUAAUAGGAAAAACCAAGCAACAAAUGCCCAUACGUCGCAGAACAUUCCCUACCAACAAGUACCACAAUCAUCCAUUGGUGCAAAUCAACCAGGGAAUCAUAUUUAUGCGCCAGUGUCAAACACGUCCUAUUUAAAUCAACAAUAUGUUGCGCAAGUGUAUGUACCACCGGUGAACAAAUUUUACGCUGGAAACGCAUCUGGACCAAAUCAUCUAAUUCAAGGAAACAGCAAUUCCGCACACACGAUCCACCAACAAAAUGUUAAUUCAGCAUACGCGGUCGGUAACCAAAAUAUUAAUCAAGCACACACGAUAUAUCCACAAAAUAUUAGUCAAGAAACAAAUCUGACAUUCACGAAUCAGCAACAAAAUAUUAAUCAAGAACACAUGUCUCAGCAACAAAAUAUUCACCCGACACGAGCGACUCAGCAACAAAAUAUUCAUCCAACACCAGCAACCCAGCAACAAAAUAUUCAUCCAACACAAACGACUCAGCAACAAAAUGUUCGCCCGACACCAGCGAUCCAGCAACAAAAUAUUCGCUCGAGGCAAGCGAUCCAGCAACAAAAUAGUAAUCAGAUCCGUACGAUCCAGCAACAAAGUACUAAACCUGUGGGUCAACAAUUUCAGAAGACUGUUCAUACGCAACCGGUUUUUAAUACGAUACGAGAUUGUAUUCAGUCACAAAAUAGGCAACAAUUAACUCAGGAUACACAACAGAAUAUACCAGUGAGAAGUCACGUACCACAAACUGUAACAAGUGCAUCUCAGUUUGUACCGAAAUUUAAACAACAAAGUAUACAGAAGUAUAAAAAGCGACAAGCACCAAAGAUUUCUCAAAACGUUACGUUGGAACAAAAGAUGCCCCCUCCAUAUGGACAGAACAUUCAUUCCUCUAAAAUAAAACGAAACAUGAUAGUUUCUAAAAAUAAGAAAGAAAAUAUUACACAAAUCUCGUCACGUUCAGUGCCCACACAAUUUGAUAUAUUGACAUAUUUUUCUGAUAUUCAAACAAUUAUGUUACUUGAACAUAUAAAUUUCUAUUUUGAUUGUAUUGCGCGUUACGAUCAAGAAUAUACCCCGCAAACGUGGCAAGAAAUUAAUUUAGAAAGGUCAUUGAUAAUUAAUUUUCAAACAGCUUUGAAACACCAUGUAGAGAAAACUAUGAAAAACUAUGAACAAAAUGAAUAUCGAGCAAAUGUGUCCGAAAAUAAUUUACUUACAAACGUUAGUACCGACGUUCCAAAGGAAAUACAAAUUACUGCACAAAAGAAUGAAGAAGAAUGUCAAGCUGUGAAAUCUGAUUCUAAACAAGAACAAUCUAAAACAAUGAAUGUAGACCAAUGUAAUACAAUACUUCAAGAGUAUUUAAGUGUUACAGAAGAAGAGAAACAAUCUCAAAAAGAACAAGAAGUAACUAAUAAUUUGCAAAAUAUGCAAUUACCUGAUCAGACACAACAAUCAGACAUAUUAAAUACAGAAGCAGUACAAACGAAUGAACAAGAUAAAGACAUGGCUAUCUUACAAGAAAAUUUACUUGCAUCAAUUUUAGAAAUGCAAACAACAUCAAACUGCAACGAAAAUCAUAAAAGUGCAAUAGAUAAGGAUUUAGGAAAUUCCAUAAAGGAACAGACAAGCGAAAAUGUUCCUAGUGUGGCUCAAAAGGAAGUAUCAGUAGCAUCUGACUUAGAAGAAUCUGCUAAAGAUGUAUCACAGCAGUUAAAUUCACACUUAGUCACUGUAGAAAUUUCUCCUAACAAUGAUCACGUAACGGUUGUUUAUAUCGAUGCAGCUGAUAAUAAUAAAGAUACUGUAAUAAAAACAGAGAAUGAGGUACCUGAAGAGUGUACACAAUAUCCAGAAGAGUUAGAACUUUCUUCUAAUAGCGUGUUACCACCUCUAAAUGAUACUAAAUGUGAAAUUUUAACAGAACUUUCACAUAAAAGUUCAGACAAUAAUAUUGAAUAUCCUACUGAUACAGACACAAAUAAUUUUUUGAUGGAAGAAAGUAUUAUAUCGUGUAUUGCGGAUAUUAGAAGUAUUACGCUUGAAGCAUUUGAGAAAAUGGAAGAAGAUAGCAAUAUACCCAUUACAGAAGGAAAUAUUGAAGAAGAAGAAAUUAAAAUAUGUUUAAGGUGCAGCAAACCCAGUACUGUAGUGUGUUUAAAUUGUUUGGAAGCUAAAUAUUGCUGCAAAGAAUGCGCGGAAUUGCAUUGGCAAGAACAUUACAAACACUGUAAACCGGUAGAAAAAAGUAUAUACUUCUAAUUGAGAUUAUCUUGUUAGUUCUGACGUCCUACAUUCAUUU